AUGUCGAAACCACUCAAACCAUCACUGCGACACCAACAACGCUCACAACCAUCACUCUUCGCCAUGACCACCAACCACAUCCGUUGUGCUCUCCUUCUCUUGCUCGUUGCUCUUUAUGUUACACAUGUGUCUGCUCAAACUUUGAACGCUUUCACAGCUGCUGAUAAAACUAAAAUUGUGGAACGACACAAUUUAGUGAGAUUUAGUCCCUCUCUUUCACCAUCGGCAGCCAAUAUGAAAAUAAUGAGUUGGGAUGACCAAUUGGCUCAGAUAGCUGCGAAUUAUGUUAAUAAUUGUCAAUUUUCACACAAUCCAAAUUUAAAGACAAUUUAUUCGGGAGGAGCGUUGGGAGAGAAUAUAUACAUGUCCACUGGAUCAUCUACUAACAUUGGCAAUGCCAGUGUCGACUCAUGGGCCAGCGAGAAAGCAUUUUAUACCUAUCCUUCAACUUGUCAAUCGGGUAAAGUAUGUGGACACUACACUCAAUUGAUUUGGGCCAAUAGUGUUAAAGUUGGAUGUGCAAGGAAAACUUGUGCUACGGUUCCCAAUUAUCCAAAUUUUAAUGGUGCCACUAUUGUGGUGUGUGAUUAUUUUCCUGCUGGAAAUUAUAUCGGUCAAAGUCCAUACAUUGCUGGAACUCCUCCACAACCAUCACCCAAGAUCUCUCCUAAACCCUCCCCAAAGCCCAUUGCAAGCACUACCAAUCCAAAAACCAAUUCUUCCACAGUACAACCUCAACCUGGUGGUAGAAAUAACCGAACUGCUGAAAUUAGUGGAGUCAAUCCUUUGAAUUCGAGAGGUGUUUCUUUUGAAAUGUUAUUCAUUCUUGCUCUUGUUUAUGGAUUCUUGAUUUGCAUUGUCAUGCAUCACGAAUAUUGA